AUGAGCUUAUCUACGUUCACGCGCUCGUAUGGGCGGUGUUUCUUUCUUAGCAACGCUAUCCACUUGCAAGUGCGACCAGUACAGGCGUCUGUGCCAUUUCGCAACGUCUUCACACCAUUACUGGCGAAGCUAAAUCCCGUACCUAGCACCGCACUUGCUAGGGCAGUGCGCAACUUCUCUAGUACGACCAGCAAGAGUAACCUCGGCGGGUACUUUGGCGGUCCGCAGAGCAAAUAUACGCGCCUGAACCGCUUCCAGCAAUAUUCGCCUGGCCACCCGAACAAUCAGCUACUGCGGAUCACGGGCUGGGGGCUGCUGUUCAUGACAGGCACCUUUUUCGGGACGCCUUUUCUGUUCGACCUUCCUCCAUUCUCAUACUUCAAGGCGCAUCCUGCACAUUUGACAUAUGCCAUCAUUGGCUUAAACUGUGUCGUAUUCGGGCUAUGGCAGCGCCCACGCUUCUGGCUCCCACUUCAAAGGUACGCAUUGCUGCAGAAGGACCACAUCUACAGCAAGUGGUCACUGAUAGGCAGUGCAUUCUCGCACCAGGAGUUCUGGCACUUUGGGAUGAACAUGAUCUGUCUUUGGUCCUUUGGCACCAGUCUGGCCAUGUCUCUCGGCCCUGCAAACUUUGCCAGUCUCUAUAUGAACAGCGCGCUCGGAGCGUCCCUAUUCUCACUUUGGUAUCCCCGUAUUGCCCGUAUUGCGUUGAUGGGUCCCAGUCUGGGCGCCAGUGGCGCCCUCUUCGGGAUGUUCGCGAUGUUCUCAUACCUUGCGCCCAACUCCAAGAUCAUGCUGUUCUUCUUGCCAAUUCCGAUUGACGCCUGGGUAGGGUUCCUGGGUAUGACAACUUGGAACCUCGCGGGCUGUGUAUUCCGUUGGGGCACGUUUGACUACGCAGCACACGUAGGCGGCACCGCCAUGGGCCUGCUGUAUGGCUGGUGGAUGUCGCGCAAGAUACAGCAGCAGCGCAGAGCCAGGAGACUGAUCUCAUUCCCCCGGUUCUGA